AUGGAUGAGAAAAUGAAGACUGUGGAUGUGGCAAGGAAACUGAUCGACGUGAUGGUGGACUUCUAUGAUCCAGUGGAGGAUGAGGACCCUGACUUCGGAUACACGUACAAAGAACAUCUACAAGGCAGCGCUGCAGAUAAAGGCAAGGGAAAGGCGCAGGGAGAGGAGAGGGAGAUGAUAGCAUUGGAGGAGGUCAUCGCGGUGGUGGGAGCCUCUCAGAGGCUGAAAGAUAAGCAUAAGGAAACGUCCCCCAUGCCAUCGCCCUCUGGAUCUGACCGCUCUUCGAUGGAUGUCUAA